AUGGAGCCGAAGCCGGAGGCAGACGGUGAUUUGUCCCAUAAGAAGCGGGCGGACAGUAAAAAGGGGAAGAAGCCGCUGUGUGUGGGGCCGCCUCGUCCAGCCCGGUCCCUCCUGUGUCUGAGUCUCCAAAACCCUAUCCGUAAACUCUGCACCAGCGUGGUAGAGUGGAAACCCUUCGAAAUUAUCAUCCUGAUUACUAUUUUUGCCAAUUGUGUGGCCCUGGCUGUGUUCUUGCCACUUCCAGAAGAUGAUACCAAUUCCUUGAAUUUCAAGUUGGAAAAGGUCGAAUACAUCUUCCUGAUCAUAUUCACAAUUGAAGCGAUUUUGAAAAUCAUCGUGUAUGGAUUCCUGUUUCACUCAGAUGCCUAUCUUCGAAACUUCUGGAAUAUACUGGAUUUUGUCAUAGUUUUUGUCGGGCUCUGCACUGUAGCACUGGAGCAUCUCAGUCCAACAGCGAAGAGCGCAGGCUUCGAUGUCAAGGCCCUUCGAGCAUUCCGGGUAUUGAGACCGCUACGUCUGGUAUCAGGUGUUCCCAGUUUACAGGUGGUGCUGAACUCGAUAAUCAAGGCCAUGGUCCCUUUGCUGCACAUCGCACUGCUGGUCCUCUUCAUGAUCAUCAUCUAUGCCAUCAUUGGAUUGGAGCUGUUCAUGGGCAAAAUGCACAAGACGUGUUUUUACACUGCCACAGAUAUUGUGGCUGAUGAAUGGCCAGCACCUUGUGCCCAUUCAGGCCAUGGUCGUCACUGCACCCUCAAUGGCACCGAGUGCAGGUCAGGCUGGCCUGGGCCCAACAGUGGCAUUACUCACUUUGAUAACUUUGGCUUCGCAAUGUUAACUGUGUAUCAGUGCAUCACCAUGGAGGGCUGGACCGAUGUCUUAUAUUGGGUCAAUGAUGCUAUUGGAAAUGAGUGGCCUUGGAUCUACUUUGUCAGCCUCAUCCUACUGGGCUCAUUCUUCGUGCUCAAUCUCGUACUAGGUGUCCUGAGUGGGGAGUUCUCCAGAGAGAGAGAGAAGGCUAAGUCACGGGGCGAUUUCCAGAAAUUCAGAGAGAAGCAGCAGCUGGAUGAGGACCUGAAGGGUUACCUUGACUGGAUCACACAUGCUGAGGAUAUUGACCUAGAUCACAUCAACCGUGGAGAAGGGAUAUUAGCAUCGGAUGAAAGUGGCUCCAUGGCCUCUCAGGAACUGCUUGAGAAGGAGGGAAUGAGCCUGUUCUCACGCAUCAAUUGGCGAUGUCAGAGGUGGAAUCGGCUGUUCCGGCGGAAGUGCAGGGUAUUGGUGAAAUCCAACUUCUUCUACUGGCUGGUGAUAUUCCUCGUUUUUCUCAACACUCUGAUGAUAGCAUCAGAGCAUCACCAUCAACCUGAUUGGCUGACCAACAUCCAGGACACUGCCAACAAAGUGUUGUUAGCCCUGUUCACGGUGGAGAUGAUCCUGAAGAUGUACAGUCUUGGCCUGCAGGCCUACUUUGUUUCUCUAUUUAAUCGGUUUGACUGCUUUGUGGUGUGUGGUGGGAUCCUGGAGACUAUUCUGGUGGAGGUGAGAGUAAUGUCUCCACUAGGGAUCUCUGUCCUCCGAUGUAUCCGACUCCUAAGGAUCUUCAAAAUCACCAGAUACUGGACCUCCUUGAGCAACCUGGUCGCCUCUCUAUUGAACUCAGUCCGUUCCAUUGCAUCCUUACUCCUUCUCCUAUUCCUCUUCAUCAUCAUUUUCUCAUUGCUGGGAAUGCAGCUGUUUGGUGGAAAGUUCAACUUUGAUGACAUGAUUGUGCGAAGGAGCACAUUUGAUAACUUUCCUCAGGCAUUGCUGAGUGUGUUCCAGAUAUUGACCGGUGAGGACUGGAACUCUGUCAUGAAUGAUGGCAUCAUGGCCUAUGGAGGCCCUUCCUUCCCUGGCGUGCUGGUCUGUGUUUACUUCAUCAUUCUGUUUGUCUGUGGAAACUAUAUUCUGCUGAAUGUUUUCUUGGCCAUCGCAGUUGACAAUUUAGCAGAGGCAGAAAGUCUGACAUCGGCUCAGAAGGAAGCAGCAGAGGAGAAGAAGAGGAGAAAGUUGGAGAGGGCUGCCAACCCAGGCCGAUCGGAGGAAGAGAAGCUACUGUUGAAGAAACUUGAGUUGGCAAAGUUGAAGGCCGAGGGCAUUCCCACCACUGCCAAGCUUAAAGUGGAUGAGUUUGAAGCCAAUGUCAAUGAAGUGAAGGAACCUUACCCUUCUGCGGAUUUUCCAGGUGAUGAUGAGGAAGAGGAGCCUGAGUUUCCGCUGAGCCCCCGCCCUCGACCCCUUGCUGAGCUACAGUUGAAAGAGAAGGCAGUCCCCAUGCCCAAUGCCAGCUCCUUCUUCAUCUUUAGUCCAACUAACAAAUUACGCAAGUUGUGCCACAGAACCAUAAAUGCCACCACCUUCACAAACUUCAUCCUUCUCUUUAUCUUGCUAAGUAGUAUCUCACUGGCUGCAGAAGACCCCAUUCGAGCAGAUUCUUUUCGCAACCAGAUCCUUGCCUAUUUCGAUAUUGCUUUUACAGCUAUCUUCACCAUGGAGAUUAUUCUGAAGAUGACAGCUUAUGGUGCUUUCCUACACAAAGGCUCCUUUUGUCGGAAUUAUUUCAAUAUCCUGGACUUGUUGGUGGUCAGUGUCUCUCUCAUCUCCUUCGGAAUUCAGUCCAGUGCUAUCUCUGUGGUAAAGAUUCUUCGAGUCCUCCGAGUGCUCAGACCUUUGAGAGCUAUUAACAGAGCAAAGGGAUUAAAGCAUGUGGUUCAGUGUGUGUUUGUGGCCAUCAAGACCAUUGGGAAUAUAGUGAUUGUCACCACCCUCCUACAGUUCAUGUUUGCUUGCCUCGGGGUGCAGCUUUUCAAGGGAAAGUUUUACAGCUGCAAUGAUCCUGCCAAAAUGACAGAAGAAGACUGCAAGGGACAGUUUAUUUUCUAUGGUGAACCGGGCCAGCUUACAGUCCACCAGCGCAUGUGGAUUAACAGCGACUUCAAUUUUGACAAUGUCUUGUUGGCAAUGAUGGCUCUCUUUACUGUUUCCACCUUCGAGGGAUGGCCCCAGUUACUGUACAAGGCCAUUGACAGUCACACCGAGGACAUGGGACCCAUCUACAACUAUCGAGUGGGGAUUUCAAUAUUCUUCAUCAUCUAUAUCAUUCUCAUUGCUUUCUUCAUGAUGAAUAUCUUUGUGGGGUUUGUAAUUGUCACGUUCCAGGAACAGGGCGAGGCUGAAUACAAGAACUGUGAGCUGGACAAAAACCAGCGUCAGUGUGUCCAAUACGCCCUCAAGGCACGGCCCUUAAUGAGAUACAUUCCCAAGAACACAUAUCAGUACAAGGUGUGGUACGUGGUGACCUCCUCAUACUUUGAAUACCUCAUGUUUGCCCUAAUCCUCCUCAACACCAUCUGUCUCGGGAUGCAGCACUAUGAACAGUCGGAGGAGAUGAACCAGUUAUCGGACAUGUUCAAUGUGGUUUUCACUGGGCUCUUUGCACUGGAAAUGGUUUUUAAACUCUGUGCUUUCAAAGCUAAAGGUUAUUUUGGAGAUCCCUGGAAUGUGUUUGACUUCCUGAUUGUCAUUGGAAGUAUCAUCGAUGUUAUCCUCAGUGAGGUCAAUACAGCUCUUGCUUCCAGUGGGGGCCUCUACUGCCUGAGCUCUGGAUGCGACUCCAGUGAGUCAGAGGACAGCUCCCGUAUUUCCAUCUCCUUCUUCCGUUUGUUCCGUGUGAUGCGCCUGGUCAAGUUGUUGAGCAGAGGAGAGGGGGUUCGAACACUGCUGUGGACGUUCAUCAAGUCCUUUCAGGCUUUACCCUAUGUGGCACUUCUAAUUGUGAUGUUGUUCUUCAUCUAUGCUGUCAUUGGGAUGCAGGUCUUUGGGAAGAUUGCCAAUGUGGAUGGGGCACAAAUCAAUCGGAACAACAAUUUCCAGACUUUCCCACAAGCUGUGCUUCUGCUGUUUAGAUGUGCCACCGGUGAAGCUUGGCAGGAGAUCAUGUUGGCCUGCCAACCUGGCAAGCUCUGUGACCCUGAAUCUGAUUAUGAACCUGGUGAAGAGUACACUUGUGGAACCAACUUUGCUGUCUUCUAUUUCAUCAGUUUUUACAUGCUGUGUGCCUUCCUGAUUAUUAACCUGUUUGUGGCUGUAAUUAUGGACAACUUUGAUUACCUGACACGUGAUUGGUCCAUUCUGGGCCCUCACCACCUUGAUGAAUUUAAGAGGAUCUGGGCCGAGUAUGACCCUGAGGCUAAAGGGCGGAUUAAACAUUUGGAUGUGGUGACACUUCUCCGUCGUAUCCAGCCGCCCCUGGGAUUUGGAAAGUUCUGUCCCCACCGUGUGGCCUGUAAGCGGUUAGUCUCCAUGAACAUGCCCAUGAACAGUGAUGGUACUGUCACCUUCAAUGCUACCCUCUUCGCAUUGGUUCGGACGGCCCUCAAAAUUAAAACCGAAGGGAAUUUUGAACAGGCCAAUGAGGAGCUGAGGACAAUUAUAAAAAAAAUCUGGAAACGAACGAGUAUGAAAUUGCUAGACCAAGUGAUCCCCCCAAUUGGAGAUGAUGAGGUGACAGUUGGCAAGUUUUAUGCCACAUUCCUCAUUCAAGAACACUUCCGGAAGUUUAAGAAGCGUCAGGAAGAAUAUUAUGGAAUUCUCCCAUCAAAGAAGAACCAGAAUCAGAAUGAAAUAGUGCUCCAGGCUGGAUUGCGCAGUAUUGAGGAGGAGGUUGGCGAUAAUCUCCAUCGAACAGUAUCUGGAGAACUGCCAGCUGAGGAGGAAGGAGACCGAACAAUGGAGGACGGUGGCUUGGAUGAAACAAUUUACAGGAGAGCAGGAGGAUUAUUUGGCGAACAAGCUGACUCCUACCCAAUGGAUGGAAGUGGAUCCUUUCAGCACCAGAUCACGAGCCAGCGACCAUUACAGUUCAGUAAAUCAGAUGGCGGAGCGGAGGAAUCAGAAGGUCCACACAGCAGACCGACUGAUUCACCAUUCAACACAAUCAACUUCUUCCCAUCGAUAGAACACGGAAACACAAAUAACGCAAACAACACAGCACUGAGCAGGGUUUCCUAUGAAAAUGAGUUCAAGAAGGAAUUUGCAACAUUUGACUUCACCCAUGAACCUGGAGCUCGAUUGAACUGGGCCAGACAAGGCCCACUUCCAAUGCCACAGUGGUAUCCAAACUGUCCAGUGAAGAAAGCCUUCUCAGAAUCAACAGACACAAAGAGGCCAAAACAAGAGAGAGCAGCAUCAGCAUUGCAACAACUCAGCAAAGAGAUGCUGGCAGCCCAUGGAUUACAGAAACUGGCCAGUGACCCAGUCUUCUUGGGAAUGACAGUGAGUGAGAUGGCAGAAGCUUAUCUGAUGGAUCACAGUGAGCUGGAGAGCGUUGAACCUGUUGAAUAACUGAUCUGUAUUGACGGAACCCAAAGACAGUCUCUGAACCUCAUCCAGCAAGCUGCUACUGAGCAGUCAUGUCAAAGCAGCAGAAGUCACUCUCUCUCUGGGAGUCACUCUCCAAAGCUUAUUUACUGUCUAGUUUAAUUUUUGUGCAUUUUUAAUUCUGUCACUAUUGCCAAAGAUUGUGAAGUAAAAUGUUUGAGAAUGUAAGAGAUUUCAACUGCAACAGAUUGUAUGGAAACUGUAUGGAAGCUCCACGUCAGGAGGAUGGAUUGGAAGAACGACACAAUUCUAUGACUCUAGCCUGAUCAGGCUUUUUAGGCUGUGUACCAAUUGUGCACCAGCAUGGUGGAUGUCGAUGUGAAAAAGGCUCAUUAAACGCUAAGUGGCUGACAAGA